AUGGCGAACAGCGAGCCAGCAGUCCUCUCCUACCCACACAAGGCCGACAGCUACACCUACCGUAUGCCCACACCACCCCGCAUCGUCGUUCCACCACCCACCCUCAACUCCGACGCAAUCCCUGAGAUCGCCAUCUCCGCCCUCCGCGAUUCCUCGCACCAGUUCCUCUCAAAAGUAAACUACUCGAACCUCAUAUCCCAGAAUGCGCCCCUCGAAUGGGCCUACGAGCGUCGGCGUGAGGCACAGGCCAUCCUCCCGUUUCUGUGUCUGGGACCCAUGACUGCUGCCAAGGACAAAGAAUGGUUGCAACAACAGGGUGUCACGAUGUUGCUGGGGGUUCGGCAGAAGCAUAGCUUUCAGAGCAAGCUGAUGCGGCUUACUGCUGCGGAACAGCUGGGACUGGAGUUUCAUACGGUCGAUUUGGCGAGUAAUCAGGACUUGAUCUCCAGUUUCCGAAGUACGACUGCGAUGAUCAACAAUCACUUGGGAAGAGUCUAUACCGCUUCGGGAGGAGCUCAGCUGGGCAAGGUGUUGGUCUUCUGCGAGAGCGGCAACGAGCGUAGCGCAGGCGUCGUCGCCGCCUACUUGAUGGAGACGCAUGAAGACGUCGACUACAUCAAGGCGAUGCAAUUGUGCCAGGCACAGCGAUUCUGUGUCAACUUCGACGACAGUAUGAAGCGUCUAUUGCAUAGCUACUGGGACAUUCUGUUGGCGCGGCGAGCAGUGGAAUCGAACCCACAAGCAGCGCCUGCUAGCGGAGUCACGUCUGCACCGGCCAAAGCGAAGCGAGGACUUGAGCGGGAUCACGAUGGAGACGAAAUGGAUAUGGACGGGGAAGGAGAGGAUGAUGUGGAGCGGUUCGGUGGAAGGACGUUCGCGCCCUUCAUCGACAACCAGCUAUGA